AGCCGCGCCUGACACAGGGCGGGGUUUGCUUUGUUCGUCGUAAUGCUUUGAAAACAUUGAACACAGCUAACAGUCAGGGAUAUCGUAUUACGGCAUGCAAGAGAAGCUGUGAGUAAGUUAUCACAAACCGCCAUUUUGAAUGAACUAGCUAGCAUUCCUAGUCCUAACAUAAACAACUUCGCUACUAGCUAACACAGUUAACCCGUUAGCUAAGCUAACAGAGCAGCCUGUCAUUUCCUCGCCCGGCGACUUAACGUUACCAAGACCAUGGUGUUUUGGAUCAUAAUGUGUACAGUGCUCAGCUUGGAUCUGUCCCUGGCGUGGUAUCAAAAUGAAAAUGUGUGCUUCGGCCAAGAUUUCAUCAUCAAAGGACAAUAUCUUAACCGCAAAUACACCGUGGUGUCCUUCACUCCAAGUUCCCCCCCAGGACCCAACAGAAUUGUAUUCCAGAACAAUACGGUGCAAGACCCCAGGUAUGAAUUGGAAAACGCUAGAUUCCGGGUGCGAGAUGUGACAGAGAAGGAUGAAGGAAAAUUUACUGUACAAAUUGGGAGGGAAGGAAUUACCCUGGACAGAAUUACUCUUAAAGUCAAAGACUGUUCCCAGAGAGAGCAUCUGAACUAUGGAGAUGAUUUUCGCCUUGAGCUCCUAGACAGCGUGGCGGUGUUGCAGUUCUCUCACAAGGACUCCCCCUCCCAGUUUGUCACACUGUGGAAUAAAACUCACCCCACAGAGGGCACAGGAAAGAGGGGGAGAGUCAGGGGCAGAUACUGGCUCGCAGAUAAAGUUACCUUCGCAGACCAGGGCUCCUACAUCCAGAGAAACAAAGAAGGGAGAUUUAUAUCAAGACAACAUUUGAAUAUUCAAGCCCGUGGGGACACUUUUUUCACCCCCAAUGGGGAUUCUGUGGUCUUUCCUCUGAAGCUUUUACCUUCUCAGGUGCAGUUGUACUUUGAACCUACUGAUGGUAAUGGCAAACAACAGCUGGUAAGGAAUGGGAGGGUGUUACUGCCUAAAUACGAAUACCGCCUGACAGUGGAGGAGGACAGGAUGGAGAUCGACGAAUUGGGAUCUUCUGACAGUGGAAUUUACCAGAUUGUGGAUGCAGAUGGGAACGUGGUUUACUUUGCUGAGGUGACAGUGGAGGGUCCUACUUACUUUAAAUAUUUGCCACUCUUAGGAUUUUUGAUUUUCGGUGUGAUCAUGUGUUUUUGUAUGAAGAAAAUAUGCUGCAAGAAGUCUGCUCAAGCUCCUGCCCAACCUGUGGUGUAUGGUGAGGUUUCCAGUUCCACAAAUCCUCUUAAUCCCAGUGUCCCAAGUCAGCCUCAGUGGAGUGGGACUCACGCUAACGUACCAAGUCAGCCUAAAAGCAACUGGAAGCCUGGUCCUUCAACUGAACCCUAUUUCGCUCUCAUGAGCAGUGCCUCCAGACCAUCUCCUGCGACAAAGAGGGCUUCUUCUCAUGUCACUCAGGAGGCAGAGGGUAUGGAUGCCACGCCCCCCUCCUUUCCCAUCAGCUCUGACAUCCUGCGUUCUUCUGAUGCUGGAAUCCAGUUUGACAUUGGAAAGAGCAGGAAUACAGGCAACUACUUCUCUACUCUUCCUCUCAAUACCGACUCUACUGAGAUCGGCAGCGUUUACAACUCUGACAAACUCAACUUCUUAUAGAGCCACGCCCAAUUUCUCAUCAGCCCUUGACCUUCCUGGAAAUCCAGAGACAUCACCAAUGUCUAUGAUAAGUUACUGCCAUUACAGUGGGGCCUUUUUUUCUUACACAGUAAAUGUUAUUGUUUGUGAAAAUGAAAAUGAAAAUGUAUUUCCUUGGCUUGAUUUGACCACAUAAUCAGGAUUUUUCUGACAUUGUAAAUUCUUUGGCAAAUUCAGGUGGCAAAAUUAUUUCACGGAUCACCAAAGGGAAAUCACAACCCCAAAAAUGAGAAUAAUUGAGAAAACGGCAAAUACUUUUGGUAGAAAGAGAGAGCAUGUGCAGCGAACAAGUUCCAAUUUUGAAUGCCCUUUGAAGCCUUAACUUCUGAACAGGCAAAGUUUUAACAAGUUUAUGCAUUGUUUUAACAGAAGCCAGUCCUAGUAUUAAUAGUACAGGGGUGCCAACUGCUACUGUUUACCUAUAACAGCUCUGGUCUUUGACCCACUACUAUGGUGCUAUGGGGAAGGUCAUAAAAGCUAUAGUUUUCUUGCAAAUUUUGUAUUUUUUUUUAAUGCACCAAUGCAAUAAUAGAUUACAGUCGCAGUGUUUUAGUUGGACAUCUAAUGAUAAGUAGAAAUAGGGGGGACAAGCCACAAGUGCGAGAAUAAAUACAAUGCUAUGG